UGGGGAAGUUUAUUACUUAUGUUUGAGAAUCUGUUUUGGAAUUGCAUGUAAUGAUCAUUAAAUGGCAGGUAAGUAAAGGAAAUUUAGAAUUAAGUAGACAAGUAUAUGUUCAUGUGUUUGGUGGGAUCUGGGAUGGGGAAGUUUAUUACUUAUGUUUGAGAAUCUGUUUUGGAAUUGCAUGUAAUGAUCAUUAAAUGGCAGGUAAGUAAAGGAAAUUUAGAAUUAAGUAGACAAGUAUAUGUUCAUGUGUUUGGUGGGAUCUGGGAUGGGGAAGUUUAUUACUUAUGUUUGAGAAUCUGUUUUGGAAUUGCAUGUAAUGAUCAUUAAAUGGCAGGUAAGUAAAGGAAAUUUAGAAUUAAGUAGACAAGUAUAUGUUCAUGUGUUUGGUGGGAUCUGGGAUGGGGAAGUUUAUUACUUAUGUUUGAGAAUCUGUUUUGGAAUUGCAUGUAAUGAUCAUUAAAUGGCAGGUAAGUAAAGGAAAUUUAGAAUUAAGUAGACAAGUAUAUGUUCAUGUGUUUGGUGGGAUCUGGGAUGGGGAAGUUUAUUACUUAUGUUUGAGAAUCUGUUUUGGAGUUGCGCAUAAUAAUUGUUAAAUGGCAGGUCGCAGGUCGGUAGCGACGGACAUCUGUUAAAUGAAAGGAUGUCUUCUCAAAGCAAGAGGAGGGAAAUAGAUGUAAUGAAAUUUGUUAUGACAUGGACAUGCAAUCUUUAGUCUCAUCUCUGUGCCAGAUGAUGAAUGACUAUGCUGUGGAGCUAAUCAAUGAUCGGAUUAAUGAAAUCCAUGUGGAAUUCCAUGGGCCAAAAGAAAGUCCUUAUGAAGGUGGUAUUUGGAAAAUCAAAGUGGCGCUACCAGAUGCUUAUCCAUACGAACAUCCUUCCAUUGUGUUUCUGAAUAAAAUAUUUCACCCUAACAUUGGUGAGAAGUCUGGUAAUGUAUGCAUGGAUGUCAUCAAGCAAUCAUGGAGUCCAAUGUUUGAUCUUUUAAAUGUAUUUGAGAUUUUCCUUCCACAGCUGCUGCUUUAUCCAAAUCCUUCACACCCAAUGAAUCGUGAUGCAGCAUUUCUACUGACGAAGAAGGAUAAGAAACAGUAUGAAGAGAAAGUGAAAGAGUACUGCAAACUUUAUGCAAAGAAAGAAAAUAUCAGCGAGACACACUCAGAAGAUAGCAAUGAUGGUAUAGCUGAUGAGGACAUUAGUGACGCAGAAAGCACAUACAGCGACGAAGAUCCUGAGGUGUAGCCCUUCAUAUUUAUUUACACAAUCUGUUUCCUAUUUCCAGGUUUUUUUUUUUUUUUUUUUUUUUUUUUUUUUGUA